AUGGUUAUUCUGGUGAUGGUUACCAAUGCCAAGAUAUCAAUGAGUGUGGAACUAAUAAUGUGCACUGAUAAUAAUGAAUGUACUCGGCCAGGUAUCUGCCACUGGAAUGCCACCUGCACCAACAACCCUGGUUCCUAUGUGUGUACAUGCAAUGGUGGCUACAAAGGCAAUGGAAAUUAUCUUUGUCUAGACAUAGACGAGUGCUCUGAGAGUCCUGGUAUAUGCUCCACUUUCUUUGGGUACAAAGGUUGCAAGAACUUGCCAGGAAGCUACAGCUGCAUCUGCAACACUGGCUACCAAAGCAACGGACGGACAUGCGAGGACAUCAACGAAUGUGAAAUCAACAUCUGCAGCUCAUUUGCUAAUUGUGUCAACACACCAGGCUCAUAUCGUUGCACUUGUCCUGAAGGAUUUUCUGGAAAUGGCUUGGCUUGCGUAGAUAUCAAUGAGUGUGACAAACAGAACAACUGUGACCCCAAUGCAUUAUGUCUCAAUUUGCUUGGAAGCUACGAUUGUUCCUGCCGACCUGGGUUUCUGGGAGAUGGAAGGAAGUGUACAGACAUUAAUGAAUGCGCUGCCGGUAACAAUUGCACAGCCAAUGCUGUGUGCGUCAACACGCCAGGUUCUUUCUACUGUGAUUGUGGGCCAGGCUACAGCUACAAUCAAAGCCAGUGUGUGGAUGUGGAUGAAUGUGUCACUGGACGUUGCAGCCCUUAUGCCUCAUGUGAAAACUUACCCGGCUUGUUUAGCUGCACAUGUGGGGCUGGUUUCGAAGGUGAUGGGAUAAUUUGCAGUGAUGUGGAUGAGUGCACCGUUGAAAGGCAGUGUCACUCCAAUGCACUUUGCAUUAACGUUCCAGGGACAUUCAAUUGCAGUUGUAUGGUGGGCUACAUGGGGGAUGGUCGAUUGCAGUGCUCUGAUGUGAAUGAGUGCCUUCUGGAUAAUGGUGGCUGCAGAAACAGAGCAACAUGUAUUAACAGUAUAGGGUCUUUCUCCUGCAACUGCCCACUAGGCUUUCAGUUAGUCAACCGUACCACCUGCCAGGACAUAAAUGAAUGCCAGGUGCCUGAAAAGGCUUGUGGCACUAAUGAGCAGUGCUUAAACACAGAUGGGUCCUAUGCAUGCCAGUGUAAAGCAGGCUACGGUCGGAUCACAAAAGCAUCUGAGUGCUUCGACAUUGAUGAAUGUGAAAUGCAACAACCUUGUCACAACAAUGCCACAUGCUUGAAUUCAUUGGGCUCGUUCACGUGUACCUGCAAACGUGGCUUUACAGGCAAUGGUGCCAUGUGUGAGGAUGGGAAUGAAUGUGCCAUUGAGGGUUCAUGCCAUCUGCAUGCCUAUUGCUACAAUUAUCCUGGAGACUUUUCAUGCUCUUGCCAUCAAGGUUUUACAGGAGAUGGCUUCACUUGUACAGAUUUGAACGAAUGUGUCCUUUCAAAUGAUACCUGUCCAGACAUCUCGGUAUGUGUCAACUCACCUGGAGCUUAUGUCUGCUCUUGUCUAAAUGGAACGGUGGCAUACAACAACACCUGUGUUAGCCCUAGUCUUAGAUGUGAUCCUGCUUGCCAUCCGCACGGACUGUGUCAUGCUUCACCUGCAGGGUAUCAGUGCGUGUGUGAUGUGGGUUUCAAUGGGGAUGGAUAUACUUGCUCUGACAUCGAUGAGUGUGAAGAAAACGUUUGCCCAAAGAAAGAGACACAAUGUGUAAAUAACCAAGGAUCCUUUGCCUGCAACUGCAGAGCGGGUUAUGCACUUAAUGGGACAGAAUGUACAGAUCUCAAUGAAUGUUUGUCUGGAGAUAAUGACUGUAGCACGUUUGCACAGUGUGUUAACACUGUAGGGAGUUUUCAAUGCAUCUGCCUCAAUGGCUUUACUGGAGAUGGAAAAAACUGCUCUGACAUUAAUGAGUGCCAAUCCCAAAAUGGAGGAUGCCACCGAGCUGCCAGCUGCACGAACACCUUUGGUUCCUACAAGUGUGCCUGUCCCUUUGGCAUGACCGGGUCUGGGUUUGACUGCCAAGAUGUAGACGAAUGUAAUCAGAACUCAACUUUGCCACAUAACUGCAGCCUUCUCGCCACAUGCAACAACACAGAGGGCUCCUAUAUCUGCAGAUGCUUGAAGGGAUACCAGGGGAAUGGGAUUAUUUGUGAGGAUGUGAAUGAGUGCUUGCCACCUUCAAAGUGUGAGAAAAACAUGACCUGCCAGAACUGGCCUGGAACGUAUACCUGCACUUGUACCCCUGGUCAGAUCUAUAGUCUGGGUACCUGUAUAAAAGAGGAGGACUGUGCAAAUGUCACCAGUGCUUGCAACAGCCAUGCUGAGUGCAAACACAUCAGUGGGUCUAACUAUUGUUCCUGCAUUGAUGGCUUCCAUGGAAAUGGAAGAGAUUGCAUUGAUAUAGAUGAAUGUAAGCAAACAGAAGCUUGCCCAAAGUUCUCCCGCUGUUUAAACACAGAGGGGUCUUUUCAUUGCGAGUGCUGGAAAGGUUACCAAUACAACGGAACACACUGUAAAGACAUAAAUGAGUGUAGUAUAGGAAACUUUACCUGCCCAGACAAUAGCAUCUGCAACAAUACAGAGGGAGGGUAUGAUUGUCCGUGUAACAAUGGGUUCCUUCCCUCCAACUCUUUGUGUUUGGAUGUUGAUGAAUGUGCCACAGGAGAAGCACAGUGCCCCAAUGUAUCUAACUGCCAAAAUACAGCUGGAGGGUAUUUUUGUAAAUGCUGGGAUGGGUAUACAGGCAAUCAGACAGUCUGUGAAGACAUUGACGAAUGCCUGAACACUUCUUCUUGUUCGAACCACAGUGUCUGUAUCAACACUAUUGGUGCUUUUCAGUGCCGCUGUGAUGCUGGAUUCUCCUCUAAUGGCACCAGUAGCACCCAAUGCAAGGACAUAGAUGAGUGCUCAAAUCCACAGUUUGGAUCACUAUGCACUAAUGGGACUUGCAUUAAUACAGUUGGCUCAUUCUUUUGUAAGUGUGACAUGGGAUUUUGGAGCAAUAACACUGAGUGUCUUGACAUAGAUGAGUGUUUUGCAACAAAUAAUAAAUCCACAUGUCAACCUCAUUCUACAUGUUUCAACAUUCCAGGAUCUUAUAAAUGUAACUGCAAUUUGGGUUUCCUUCUAGAAGGAACUGAGUGUCUAGAUAUUGAUGAAUGUUUGGCAAAGGAGAGUCCCUGCACUGCAAACGCUUUAUGUAUAAACUCAGCAGGGUCCUUCCAGUGUCCAUGUGCACAUGGUUUUGAGGCUCAAGGCCUGCUGUGCAUUGAUAUCAAUGAAUGCCUUUCAAACAACACUUGCCGCCCUGAUCAGGUAUGCAUCAAUAAACCUGGAUCAUACCAAUGCUCCUGUCCAGUGGGACAUCAUGAAGAGAAUGGUGUCUGCAUUGACACCAAUGAAUGUGCAAAUAAAACUGUUUGCCACCCCCUGGCAAGAUGCUGGAACACAGUGGGGUCUUUUUCUUGCAGUUGUCGCUUAGGCUACUCUGGAAAUGGGAUGAGCUGUAAGGACAUUGAUGAGUGUUCUUCAUUGCCUUUGCGUUGCCACAAGUCAAGCCAAUGCAUCAACACCCCUGGGUCUUACGUAUGUGUUUGUGCGUCAGGUUUUGUUGUUCUUGGAUCUCUUUGUGUGGAUCUAGAUGAGUGUCAGGCCAAUAAGGCCGAAUGCCAUCCUGCUGCCACGUGCUAUAACUCCAUCGGAGGGUUUCAGUGCCAGUGCGACAGUGGAUGGAACGUUGGAGCAGGAAACGGGCGUGGAUUAAGUGGAUGCACAGAUCAGAAUGAAUGCCUUUUACCUAAUGCUUGUAAUAGCAACAGAAUGUGCACCAACCUUAUGGGAUCUUACAGCUGUGCCUGCUCUACUGAUGACACCCACUGUCUACAGCUGACACAGAUGGAAAGUGUCCUGUAUCCAUUUGGAGAGGAAGUUGGUGAUGCUGGAUUACCUAUGACAGCGGCAGAUGGAAACUCUCCUUAUAUUACUCCUCCUACAGGCUUUCCGUUUAUGGGCAAAUUAUAUGACCGUCUGUUUUUUUCAGAUAACGGCUUGGUGCAGUUUCAGACAGCCAGUGAGAAUGAAAAAUUUUUGCUGCCUGCACCGUUUCCAGGAGGUUUCCGUGGUAACGAGAACCGUCCCAUGCUGGCAGUGUUCUGGGAUGAUGCUGACCUCACACUUGGGGAUGGAAAGCUGCUAUACCAAGAAUACAAUAAGUUGAAUUUAUCAGACAUUUACGCUGAGAUAAUAUUUAAUCGCACAGCACAAGAGGUUACAAAAUUUGAGACUCAGAAUGGCAAAGACCCCUUUACUCCCUCCUGGAUAGUGAAAAUCACAUGGGAUCAUGUCCUGCCUGUCUCCUAUCAAAAGAUCAACCUGUCUGAGACCAACACCUUUCAGUGCAUUCUGACCACAGAUGGACAGCGUUCCUUUGCUUUGCUCCGCUACAGUGAAAUGAACUGGGGCCCGGGACAGAGGACUGAUCAUGAUGCUCUUAUAGGAUACACAGAUGGCAAAAGCAACUUUCAUAAUGAGACUUCAAAUCCACCAAAUAACACGUUUGGCCCAGGAGGGCGCUAUCGUCCCCAGACUGUUAAGGGUAACACGGGCGUACUGGGGCAACUGGUGUAUGACCUUACAGGGUCAAUUGAUUCCAGCUCUGAUCCUCAGAGGCAGUGUCAGCUUUGGGCCUUCAGUGAACCAGACCCUACAGAGUGGGCGGUAGGAAUCGCACCGUGUCCCUGUACCCGUACUCAGGCGCAGGAGGACCUGGUCUUUGUACCUGAGAUUUUACCAUCAGAACAGAUGGGUUAUGUGAGGGAGCUGAGAGAUCUCAGGUGGGGUGGUAGAAGGGGCCGCGUCUUUCAAUCCGUCCUUUUCAAUAGACAGAGGGCAGGAAAGAGGUGUGUGUAUGAUCCCGAGGGCCCUCUGCUGGCCGGAUACAGCGAACGUUUUUUUACGGAAGACAAAACACAGCAGCAUAUAGAUAAGGACCUUUUACCCUUCAAGUGGUGCUGUGUUCAGUCCCCUUUGUGCAGUCUGUAUUUGGAAAAAAGACCAAUAGAUCGGUGCCAAGGUUUUGGCUGGAUAAACUCUGACAGCAAUAUACCUGAAAGCAGAGGAGCACCGGGCAUGGGCAUGGCGUAUGGAAGUCUUCACUUCAUCACCUUUGACGGGAGUGAAUAUACCUUCAAAGCAUUGGGAGAGUAUGUCAUAGUGCGUCUCUCCUCCAGCACAGGAUCAAACAUCUUCACCCUACACGGAGAGAUGGCCGUUCUGGUGACCGAUGGGCAGCCCAGGCGAGUGCCUGCUUUAGUGAGAUUAGCAGCUUUCUAUCAGGGUGUUGGAAAGGUGGAGUUGCGUUGUGCGGAGUCUGGAAAUGGGCUUAAGAUAAUGGUUAACGAUAAGGUCGUUCCUGUGUCUGUAGGAGUGGUGCAUGUAGGGGAGCAGGGCUUUGCCGUGCGCUGCAUCACUGCAAGCCGAUGUGCGGUGGUGUACACCGAGGGUCUGAAUGUAGAGGUAUGGAGGGAGGAUUCAGGCAGAUUGGCCACUCUGGUGGAGGUCCCUCAAAAGUUUUAUAACCGUACACUGGGUUUACUGGGACACUGGAGUUCCAAUAGGACAGAUGACUUCCUGCUUUCCAAUGGACGUCUGCUGCCCGCUCUAAAUAACACUACUCCCUCUGAACAGAGCCUGCUUCCCUUUGGACAGUCAUGGGCUGUACCUGCUCCAGAAAGCCUUCUCUUCUCACUGCCUCCUACGACCCCAUUGAAUCCCAUCACAACAGAAGAGCUGAUGUCCACAGUGAGUCCAGACAUACUGGCAAAAUACAGUCAGAUCUGCCAGAACAGCAUUCAAUGUGUGCAUGACAUCCUGACCACAGGCAACACAAAACUCGGCCAGGAGGUUCUGCAAGACCAGCAGCACCUUCGAGACCGGACGCAGAUUUACGGAAAUCUUCCACCUAUUGUCAUAGAACCAACUAUGAUCAAGUGUAAGGUCAAUACUUCAGUAAGAGUUCAGGUUAAGGCCCAGGAUCCAAACAGAGAUCAGAUCACCUUCUCUUUGGCUUUACCACGCCCUCCGCGAGCUACCAUAGGCAGCGGUGAUGGCGUUCUGGUUUGGACCCCUCAGAGUAUUCUGCCAGUGAAUUUGACAGUUCAAGUGAGCGAUCAAACAUCCAGCAGCAUGAUCACCCCCGUCCUUCAGAUCUGUAACUGUUUGAAUGGAGGCAGCUGUCAAUACGACAGUGUUGUUGAGAACUAUCUGCAGGGCAAGUUUCAGGUUGUAGCAUGCCUAUGUCCCCCUGGUUUCAGCGGCAAAUACUGUGAUGACAAGACAGAUGUGUGCAGAGGCAAACCUUGUUUCCCUGGAGUCGAAUGCUUUAAACAGAAGGAAGCAGACAGCUUCAUUUGUGGACAGUGUCCUUUUCCGACUGUCUAUAAGGACCAACAAGGAUACAAGUGCUUUGAAAAUGACUUCUGCUUUACCCACCCGUGUGAUAAGAUGGCAGAGUGCACCAGCACGGGCUACAACUACACAUGCACAUGCAAACCUGGCUAUACAGGAGACGGUAAAGUGUGCACAGAUAUCAAUGAAUGUCUAGAGCCCUCGGCCUGUCCUAAUGCCAAAUUCGAAUGUAUGAACACACCGGGAUCAGUACGCUGCUCAUGCCGCUAUCAAAACACCUCUAAUGGCUGUGGAGAGUCUGCUAAUCCAACAGGCUGGAAUGUGUUCAAUGUGUCUAUGAGCUGGAAAAAUCAAGGAUCUGAACAAGGACUGAGUCAGCUAGAAAAGAUUCUGUCUAUGGGGUUUCAGAACAAGUUCUACAAUGCCAAGGUUUCAACUCCUAAUCCAGAAUCAGCGGGCGGACCGAAUGAGUACAGGAUCAAUGUGUCCAGUGACACUCCACACUGGUAUGUUAUGGACUAUCUUACCAGAGUCAGUCAAUACUACGGCAUCCAUUCAGCCUAUGUGGAUGACCUUGAUGAAUGCGAGACAAACGAGGCUGAUUGUUUAAAACCAGCCCUGUGUGUCAACACAUACGGGGGUUACAGGUGUGUGUGCAACGGCACUGAUUUGAUUUACGCACAGUCGUGUGUAUUAGAUUAUGGGGGAGUGAACCGCACCGACCAAAAGAAUUCUGUUGAUAAUAAAAGAUCUUUGAUUUUGGGCCUGGUCCUGGGCAUCGGUAUCCCCCUCCUUCUGCUGCUGCUUCUGGCAGCCCUCGCCUGCUUCUGCUGCUCGUGCAAGAAAACCGUCACUGGAGAUAUUCCUGACCUGUUACCCGAGUAUGUUCAGGAAAAUAAGUCCCACCCUCCUUUCAACUUUGAAGACCCCGCUCUGCAAUAUUUCACCCACUGCAGUCCACGUAUCAUAGAUAAUCUCACGCUCCAUCGUGUGCCACGCUAUCGAUAACAUAGGCCAAACACAUCUACACCGUCUGGUUCAUCCAGCAUCAAUGCAGUUGUACAUUGGUGUUUGAAAGUAACAGCAUGAAGAAUAGGUAAUAAAUUAUUUAUAUUAAACAGAAACUGAUGACAGGUGUAAAGGAACAUUCUCAAGAGGAACUUGUGUCUGUGUAACUUGCACCGAUAUGGGAGCAUGCAACCCGCCUGAAUAAUUGUGUAUUUCCUGAAUUGUAAAUGAA